AUUGGAAAAAUUCUUUUAUUAUUUUUAUCAAAUUUACGCGUCUUCAAAUAUUCUCUCUUUUCUAUCCUUAUAAUCUCUAUCUCUAUAUAUAUUAUGAUACACAAAGAGAAAGAGAGACAUAAAACAAUUGAACAAAAUUGAAAGCAAAUACUAAUUAACAACAUGGCGUUGAAGUUGAAGGAUACAUUUUACAUAUCACAUGGAUCACCAACGUUGUCAAUAGAUGAAUCAAUUCAAGCAAGAAAGUUUCUACAAUCAUGGAAGAAAGAUGUGUAUCAAGAGAAACCUAAAUCUAUUUUGAUUAUUUCUGGUCAUUGGGACACCACCGUACCAACCGUUAACGUUAUUCAAACAACCAAUGAUACCAUCUAUGACUUCUAUGGUUUUCCCAAACCCAUGUACCAGCUCAAAUAUCCAGCACCUGGAGCUUCACAUUUAGCCAAAAGGGUGAAGGAACUACUGAACAAAUCCGGUUUCAACCGCGUCAACGAAGACAAAAAGAGAGGACUUGAUCAUGGUGCUUGGGUUCCACUCAUGUUAAUGUAUCCAGAAGCUGAUAUCCCAGUUUGUCAACUUUCUGUUCAAUCUAAUUUAGAUGGAACUCAUCAUUAUAACAUUGGAAAAGCAUUGGCUCCUCUUAAAGAUGAAGGUGUGUUGAUAAUAGGUUCUGGAAGUGCUGUUCAUAAUUUGAGAGCACUUGACUUCAGUGCAGGUGAAGAAGCUACUCCUUGGGCCUUAGAAUUUGAUAAUUGGUUGAAAGAUGCUCUUCUUGAUGGAAGAUAUGAAGAUGUAAAUCAUUAUGAACAAAAGGCACCACAUGCAAGAAAGGCUCAUCCACAUCCAGAUCACUUUUUUCCAUUGCAUGUUGCUAUUGGUGCUGCUGGUGAAAAUUCAAAGGCCAAACUUAUCCAUAGCAGUAUUGAAGUUGGCACUCUAUCUUAUGCCUCUUACCAGUUUACAUCAGAUUCAAGCUAAACUUGUACUUUAAUACAUAAAUGUUGUUUCAGUUGCAUAUACUCUCUAUGUAUGUACUGUUAUUCAAUAUAUAUCAAUAAAGAUUUGUUGCUUGGACGUUAAGUCACUUGUGUUUGUAUGUUGUGUUGUGAAGCUAUAAUGUAAAGAUUUAAUUAAUUGUUCUGUAUAAGAAAAUGUAAGUACUUUUAUCUUGUUGA